AUGCCAAGAAAAAUUUCAUUUCAAUGUGUCUAUUCCACAAGUUCGGAUGAGCAAUAUCCCGCUAGUGAACUAAAUCAUCAUGAACCAUUCGUCAACGGAUGGCAAAGCAGUCGCUCAUGCUCCUAUCCACAAGAACUUGUUUUUCGAUUUGAAAGUUAUGUUCGACUGAAACGUCUCCAAUUACUGUGCCAUCAAUACCUAAUCGCAUCGAAAAUCGAAUUUCAUAUCGGCGAUUGCUUAUCAGACGAAGAAGUGACAUAUAAAAAUGCUCGUUAUACUAAUCUAGGGUUUAUUGAAUUGUCCACCAAUGAACGUAGUGAUUACAAAGCUCGGGAACUAAAAUCAAUUCAUGUUGAUGCUGAUGGAUGGUUUCUAAAAUUGAUCCUACACAAAAAUCAUUCGAAUCGAUACAACGUGCAUAAUCAAGUUAGUCUCGUAGCAAUCAAUUUACUCGGUGAUGAUAUUGACAAAUUUCGUGAUACUUACGACCAUCCACUCGACUCGACACCAGUCAGAUCGGAACAAAUCUCCAUUGUCGAUGAUCUUGCAUUUGCGAUGUUUCAAGAUCCAGAAAUAGCCGUGAUCAUACGAAAUUUAGAUCGAAAAAAGCAAGAAUAUGUUCAAGAUGAGAAAUUUGAUCGAGCGCGGAAAUUCAAACAAGCAAUACAAGAACUUGUCAAAGUUGGCGAACGACUUGCCCGAUAUGAAGUCGAAAAACGGAAAGCAAUCGAACGAGAGGAUUAUGACACAGCACAGGCGAGAAAAGACAAAAUGGAUCUGGUGCGAACGGAAACAUACAAACAACUUCAAGCACUUAAUUUACUGGAUAUCGUUAUUGAGAAUGGCGAAGGAACGGAAUUUUUGAAACGUUUACAGGAAAAUACUAAUAAUGAACAACAAAAUGACAUUGACCAAAACGAAGAUAAUGAAAAUGACGAUGAUGACGAUGAUGUUGAUGAUAACGAAGAGGAGCCACCACGUACAGUUAGACAGCAGAACCAUGGACAUUCACAAAGUACACUUCAAUCUCGCCGCUCUGCGCAAUCGACGGUCUCGCUUGCUGCUCAAUCAAUAGCGCAGGAGCCUACGACAUCACCAUUGCCGCACAUUGUCAGUACCGCUAAACGCACAAGUAUUGCUCCUAGUAUAGGUGGUUACAAUUCUCCUCUCCCACCUAUCCCUACAAAUUCAGUUAAACGAACGAGUGUUAUGGUCAACCGAACCGAUCCACCUGCUCUUGAAUAUCAGAAACCAGCAACACCUUAUGAGGAUAAAAUCAUUCCCACAUUACGAAAUCGUUUGCGUUCAGAUGGUGCACCUCCACCGACUUCGUCGAUGGGUAAUCCUGAUUUCGGAAAGAAGCCUACUGACGACAUCGAUUAUCCAUCAUCACGAGUCAUGAGUACCAUACCUACUGAUGAUGCCACUGCCGAAUUGAAUCAAGCAGAAAUGAUUGAGGCUAAUCAAAUGAUGAUUGUCUUUGACAAACAAUUAGUUAGCAAAUUGUAUCAUCGAAAUCAUUUGGAACGUGAAGAAGCGCUAGAUGAGAUCUAUCAAAUAUUAAAUACAUUCUCGGGUGAUCAGGAGGAUGCACGUGCAUAUUUACGUGCUGGCAGUUUUGUCGUUGCACGAAUGUUUCGUGUCGAUGUUCUUGCAAUUUUCUCUCAAUCGUUGAAAAUUUUCCAUUUACUUAUGAAUGAUUAUGUACGGCGACAUUCGAUUCAACGUUCAGAUAUUGUUGCCAGUUUAGAACGUGUCCUGCCUGUUCUUCUGCAACGUACAGGAGACUCCAAUGCUCGAUUGAGAUUGCGAGCACAAGAAGCAAUUAUCGAAGCAGCUUCAUAUCCCGAAGUCAAACCGUUGCAAGUCAUUCCACACGAUUGCGUUUAUCCGUUCAAUAAAACCUGUGCACCGAGAUUAGCAAUUAGUCGUUGUGAACUUGUAGAAGAAUUAAUGAAAGUAUUAGAUGUGCAAAAAGGUGAUCAAGGCUUAAAUGUUGACAAUGUCGGCAAAUUCUGUGCUCAAGCACUAGAACAUAAUGCCGGUGAAGUCCGAGAAUUAGCUAUUAAGCUAUUACUUAGCUUAUAUAAAACUCAUGGAGCGGUUGUCAAACGUUACCUCCCACCGAACAAUGAUCAAACACGUCGAAUGAAGAAGUAUCGCGAUAUGUUCAAUGCAUUUGAUCGAAUGGAUCCUCAAGCUGAGAGUCCACCAAUAAAUCUCCCAUUGGAUCGAAUAAAGCGGCCAAGUGAACCACAAAAUACCACGAAACGUGAUGUAUCCAAACAGCAACAUACUGCACGUGAACAACUGAAAGCGGUUGAACCAAAAGGUUCGCUUAGUAACAAAUCUCGAGCUCCAACACGAUUUGAUGGAAAAACACCAACAGCCAGUGUUGCCGAUGAAUCGGAAUUCACUCCCGAAGAUACAUGUAUAUUUUGCGGUGAUAAAAAUCCUGAAUUCAUUCGGAACGGUCUUGAGACGCACUAUUGGGCUAGUUGUCCCAUGUUACAACGUUGUAAAGAAUGCAAUCAAGUAAUAGAAAUCGGAAUUCAUAUCGAACAUUUACUACGCGAAUGUGAAAAAAAAGGCAAAUAUCAACAAUGUCCUCGGUGCACUGAGGCAAUCGGACAUGAUUUCGACAAUCAUAUUAAAUCUAAACAAUGCAUUGAAGCAAAGCCGAAUACGAAUCGUUGUCCGUUGUGUCAUGCGAAUGUUCGUGAAGGUGAAAAGUACUGGCGUGAUCAUUUAAUGGGCCCGAAUGGUUGUACAGAGAAUCCUCGUCGUCUUAAAGCCACAACUAAAAAUCGAAGCGCUUCGCAGUCGAAAUCUGUGGUUGUACCGCCAUCUCAAAGCAAUGUUAUGAAGAAGCAGAGGAAAGUUUCGACAACUGUUAAAUAG